UGUACAUGUGUAAAUGAGUGUAGCUCUGUAUGUGGAAAAUACAUACUAUAAAUUAUUAAAGAGUUUUUGACUGCAAAUUUGAAGUCCGUUGUGUUUAUUUAUUAUUUUUUUGCUAUCAAAGAAAGCUGAAUUCGGCAGCAAAUGUCAGGCGUGGAUCAGAAUAAAUCAGGAACUGCAGCUAAAUCUGUUGAGGAGCGUAAUAUACCAUGGAGCCAACAAGUCGAUGAGGCCUCCUAUGAAAACCUGUCUUCUCCAGCCAUCGAUGAUAACUCGGGUACUCAAAGCUCAAUGCAGUUCCAAUUUCCACCGUUUAAUGUAAAAGAAAAUAAUAGUUUACCAUUGGGUAACGUGGGCAAAGGACGUAAAACAUCUCACAAUCAUGAUACAAAAAAAAAAUAUGGAAAUCCAGGUUCUCACAAUAAUCCAAAACGUGACGAUCAGCAAUUAAAUGCUUGGAGCUCUAGACGACUUUUUGCAGAAAGUUCUGCGACCUCUAUACGGAUGAAUCAAAAUGAGGAUGGACAGUCAUCAAAAUUGGACAAUCGCACGUGUGAACCUUUGGAUGAAAUUAAGAUUCCCGCAAUUAACGUUGCACCAAAAAAGACAACAUGGGCUUCAAUCGCUUCGCAACCAGCAAAAAUAACUUCGAAAACAACCUUUACCGCUUCCAGCCAUAAGAAGAAAGGUCCCGGCAUGCCGCCACCCCCCAUGGUACCCGGAAAGCAUAAUUUAGAUGUUAAUGUAUGGGAUAUGCCAAACAGUAAUCCACCGCUAGUACCAUCCCCGCCUUUACCAAUUGAUUUGUCCUAUUCGGAAGUUAAUUUUUCUGUAACGACUAGCGAAGAACCAUCACCUGCCACUCGAUCUGAAAAAGAUGAAUGCCAUAGGUUGGCCAAUAACAGUAAUUUUGCUUGCGCUAAACCUUCGCCGAAUGGACAAGCACGAAAAAACUGGGUUGCACCGCCGCAAUCUGUUCAUCAUCAAGAAAUACGACAAACGAGCAGUACUACUGCUCAACCUGUCCGGCGAACUGUCCCUGUCGGCAAUCAAAUGCGGUUUAACGAUCGUAGAGGAAAUUUCGGUGGAAUUCGCAAUGACUAUGACACAAACGUUAGACAUGAAAAUAACCGAGAUGAAAAUAGUCCACAUGUUGCACCAAGUGCAUCUAAACCUGAAGAGGCGACGGCUGAUCCACAAAUAUUAUUGGACGAAUUGAAGGACAAGAACAACUAUAAUCCAACAGAAAUCGAUUUAAAUAAAGCAACUUCCGCACGGUUUUUUGUCAUAAAAUCUUAUUCUGAAGAUGACAUUCAUCGCAGUAUAAAAUAUGAGAUCUGGUGCUCAACAGAUCAUGGCAAUAAGCGCCUAGAUGAUGCUUUUAAGGAACGUCACAAAGAGGGCGGUAAUGUUUUGCUUUUUUUUUCCGUAAACAGCUCAGGCCAUUUUUGUGGCAUGGCACAAAUGAUGACUUCAGUGGAUUACAAUUCCACAUCCACCGUUUGGUCUCAAGACAAGUGGAAAGGGAAGUUUAAAGUUAAAUGGAUAUAUGUCAAAGAUGUGCCUAAUGGAAAACUCCGACAUAUUCGACUCGAAAACAAUGACAAUAAAUCAGUGACGAACUCAAGAGAUACACAGGAGAUACCAAACACAAAAGGCAUAGAGGUGUUACAGAUAUUACACUCCUAUAGGCAUUCAACAUCCAUUUUCGAUGAUUUUUCCCAUUAUGAAAAGAAACAAGAAGAGGAGGUCUCGUCAAAGCGACCCACAAUCCAUGUCACAGAUGCCAUUAGCCAAACUCAAGUACCAAUCAACCGACAUUAUGUCCGUGAAAACGAUGAUAGAGAACGGGAACGCGAUGUGCGAGACAGCCGUAGCUUAACUAUUAAUAUGUCUCAAAAGAAUUAUUUUAGCGGUGGAAAUAAUUUUCGUGAUCGCAAUUCAGUCCAUAAAAGUGGUGCCGGCAAUUAUCACAACAGCUAUAGCGACUAUCGGCGAGGAUUCGAUUGCCAGCGACCACUUAGUGCGGCCUAUGUAACGAAGGACAGAGAAACUGUGCAGAGUGAUCGAGAAAACCAUUUUGGAUCACGUCAUGGGCCUAACAACCGAAGAGACGAACAUCCACACAGCCAUUCAACUAAAGCAAGGUUAAAUAACCGGGAUUUCAAUACUGAGCAAAUGAAAAGUGAUGUACGAUUUAGAGCCGAAAUUUCAACAACAAGGGAUUUACCAAAAACUAAUGAAAAUGAUAGGAUGCGAAACAAUGACUAUUAAAGUGACUGAGCUGCGGAAAAAAUAAUUAACUGAUUGGACGUCUAAAUGUACGCCACUUAGAAUCCUCAUGCCUGUGUGCACCCAUGAUUAGCUGAUUUCAUGAUUUUCUAAAAAAAUAAUGUGUGUACAAGCAGUAAAUUAGAAUGAUAAAAUUAAGCUGAAAAUAAAGCCAACAACCGGUAAUUAGGUUUAACUACAAUAAUAUGAUAACAUUUUUAUGUAAUUUAUUAUAUUUAUAUAAAUCGAUUGACUCUUUUUUUGAACAGUUCAUUCAAAUAUUAUUGAAUCGAUUUGUACACAAUUUAAAGUCAAGGGUUUACUUGUUUCAUUCCUUGUAGCUGCACUGCUAAUAUUAAUAAAACUUAUUUUCAUCUAUAUAAAGUGUAAACUGAGUAUGUGAAAUAAUUAAAGUUACCAUUUUCAUUA